GCACUCAGAGACUGUUCGCGAGGCGAGGCACAGAGCGAGCUCUGUAGAGUUUUCAAUUUAAAUGUGGCUGCAAAGACUCGGCCGCGUCCUGGGGCACGGGCACGGGCACGGGCACGGCCAGGGGCAGUGCAGGCGACACCUCAGCGCCAGGAUUGUGCAAGGAACAAGCAUCGUGGUGCAGCCGGAGUCGGAGUCGGAGGGAAGGGAAGCCAUGACCUUUCCGGGCGUGUGGCUGCGCGACAACUGCCGCUGCACGGAAUGCUUCCACGGCAGCUCCAGGUCGCGACGCCUCGACUGGGACAGCUUCGACACGCGGGUGCGGCCGGUCGGCGUGCGCACGGACCAGGCCGCCGGCCAGCAGCAGCAGCAGCAGCUGCACGUCCGCUGGAGCGAUGCACACGAGAGCAGCUACCCGCUGGACUGGCUGCGGCAGCGCAGCUUCGACGGGCGGCGCCAGCGGGCGUAUCUGGACGAGUUCUAUCGGCCGGCGACGCGCCACUGGGCGGGCGCCGAGUUCCAGCGGAUUGCGCGCCACUUUGACUACGGCCAGGUGAUGGCGGAGGAUGCGGCACUGCAGCAGUGGCUCCAGGCGCUGGCCGUCUACGGGGUGGCGCUGCUGCGCGAUGCGCCGCUGGACGGGGGCGUGGUGCGGCGGCUGGCGGAGCGCGUCGGCUUCAUACGGCGGACCACCUACGGGGAGGAGUUCGUGGUGCAGGCCAAGCCGGGCGCCCAGAACUUUGCCUACCUCUCGCUGCCGCUGCCCCUGCACACGGACCUGCCCUACUACGAGUACAAGCCCAGCGUCAACAUCCUGCACUGCGUCACCCAGACGGCCUCGCCGGGCGGCAGCAACCUCCUCGUGGACGCCUUUCACAUUGCCGACCGGCUGCGCGGCGAGCGGCCCGCGGACUUUGAGCGGCUCUGCCGCGUGCCCGUCGACUGGAACGACAUUGGCAGCGAGGAUGGCCGCGAGUUCCACAACAUUUGGCGUGCGCCCGUCAUCUGCCUGGAUGCCGAGGGCAAGUACACGCGCAUCAAUCACAGCGUACCGCAGCGGGACAGCCACUUCAGUGUGCCCCUGGCGGAGGUGGAGCCCUGGUACGAGUCGUACGGCCGCUUUGUGCGGCUCGCACGCGACGAUGCGCACGCGUUCAAGACGCGGCCCGGCGAUGUGCUGACCUUCAACAACAUCCGGCUGCUGCACGGCCGCACCGGCUACGACGACACCGAGCACAACUCGCGCUACAUUGUGGGCGCCUAUCUCGACUGGGACAUCGUCUACUCGCGGCUGCGGGUGCUCAAGAAGCGCUCAGCCGCCGUCCAAUAAAACACACAAACAAACAAACGCCUGCCAAAAGCAAGCAUAUUUUCCAAGCCAUUUAAGGGAGGAGCUUUGCUGCGAUUUGAAUAGUGGCGCAGGCCCCCCCCCCUGCUAUCUGCCU